CUAUCGAUCCUAUCGAUCGCUUCCUGGUCCUAUCGCACAGCGAGAUCUGGUCAGAUUGACAAUGGCAGCGCCUGCUCAGACCGGCAUCGAGUGUGCAGACUGCGAUCCUGCUGCAGUACCAGGUGCUGCGUCAUCACCAGCAGCAGACACAACGUCCGCGCCGACGCCUUCAUCGGGAACCACGACAGUCGAUGCUCAGCCGCCGACUUUUGAUGACGGACCCCGGAUAGUCAUCGAGUAUUGUGACAGAUGCAAGUCGCAACACCGGGCUACGUGGACCCAGACAGAGCUGCUGUCCACCUUUUCGUCGAGCAGUACGACGGGGACGCUAGCAGCAGUGACCAUCAUUCCACGGUCUGCGAGCGACACGGCAGGGCGGUGGCGCGUCUGGCUUUAUACGCAGAACGGACAGCGCGAGGAGGACGUCAAGCUCGUCUGGGACAGAAAGACCGAGGGCGGCUUCGGAGAAAUGAAGGAGCUCAAGCAGCGAGUACGCGAUCUCAUUGCGCCCGGCAAGAGUCUCGGCCACAGCGACAAACCAGCAAAGAGCUCCUAGCUGGCAUGACGAUCGGUACGCGAGUGCGCGUGCAAUUAGUGAUGGCGAUGUCGGGAGUACAUGAGAGCCACAAGGGCUACAAGGAUCAGCUGAUCCAGGUCGCCUCGUUGAACAGUACGCCGUCAACGGUGAGCUCCCUUGUCGAGCCCGUCUCGGUCGUGCUGGGGAUCGUAAUCUUUGCUGUGACGGGAUUGAGCCACUGCACG